AUGACAGACAUAUACAGUCUGCUAUCUCUCCCCUCGACAUCCAACGCUUUUACAGCACUGUCCGGACCCAAUGUUGCAGAGGCGGGGUCGGCAUCUCCUCCCCGCAAGGUCGCCCGUCUUGCCACCGACUCUGACUCUGCAUCUGCAUCUAGAUCUCGACUGGUUGUCAUCAGGCCAUACCCAGAGAGUCGCGCUGAUGAGGAUUCCCGCUUGCUGAAGCGGUGCCUCCGGGUCCUUCUCGUCAAGGAUUGUCGCGAUGCGCUCCCGGCGACUUAUGAGGAGAUCUACCGCGCGUGCCGUGCGGUCGUCUGCGUGCACGGCCGCGGUGAAGGCCUGUACGGGGACGUGCGGCUCGAGCUGGAGAGAUGUAUUGGCAGUCUCAGCGCGAGCCUCCUCGAGAAUCAGGCACAGGAGACAGACUGGCUGCUGCCCUUCAUAGAGGUCUGCGUGUGGUUCGAGCGACAGGCGAAUCUGCUGCAAUCUGUGUUGACCUAUCUGGAUAGAAUCUAUGUACCAACUCGGAAGGAGGCUGCGAGUGUUAGACAACUCGCAUAUAACCUGUUCGCCGAACGCAUCUUUGAGAAUGCCGCGAUUGUGCGCCGCUUACAGGCUGGAAUCAAAGCCUGGAUUGAAUGCGAACGUACAAUUGGGACCGCGCACAAGAUGCGCCCUCACAUUCCUGCUCUCAUCCGUCAUCUGUCCAACCACGGACGUUACACGGGCAUCUUCGAGUCAUACUAUGUCGAUCUCACUCAUGAGUUUUACACGGAGGAGUCUACUGAGCGUGCCGAGGCCUUACGAAGCAAUGCACAAGAUUUCCUGCAGCAUUGUACCAAGAGGAGGCUCGAGGAGCAGCAGCGUGCGAAGGAUGUGCUACCCGAGUCUAGUUGUGCUAGUGUUAUGGACACCACGGACAAGGCUUUGUUAACAGGCAGGCUCGACUGGCUUGCCAAGGACGCUCUCGGGCCUCUCAUCGACGCUAGGAACCAUCGGAGUCUGGACAAGAUGUAUCGGCUGUUCGCUGGGGUCGGGGGUCUCAAAGUGCUCUGCGCGGCUUUCAAACUACACGUCCAUAAAUCUGUGAGUGCCAUUGUGAAGGACCCAACGCAGGACGAGGAAAUGGUGCCGCGCCUGCUCGAGUUCAAAGCCUUUGCGGAUAAACUCGUCAACGGUGCAUUCGCGGACGAGGUCGUCCAAAGAGCGCUUGAAACCACCAAGUCGUCCGCAGCCGCGGGGCCCUCGCGCGCGGCAGAGCUCGCGCGGGCAUCCACGAAGGUCCCGAAUCAGGACUUUGGCUAUGCGCUCAUCGACGCCUUCGCGUCCGGCUUCAAGGCACGGCGCAACAAGCCGGCAGAGAUGAUUGCCAAGUAUCUCGACCGCGCAAUGCGCAAGGGCCAGAAGGGCAAGAAGGACGAGGAUUUCCAGGCGGAGCUCGACGCCGCGCUGGGGCUGUAUCGCUUCACGGACGACAAGGACGUGUUCCGCACGUUCUACCAUCGCGCGCUCGCGAAGCGGCUGCUGCUCGAGCGGUCUGCGUCAGACGACUCGGAGAAGGGGAUGCUGAAGCGGCUCAAAGAGCAGUACGAUCCAGAGUUUGGCAUGGGCGACCAUAUGUUCAACGACCUUGCGCUGUCCCGCGACAUGAUGCGCGAGUUCAUCCAGCAUCGCGCGCGUCUGGGCGACCCGGAGGCGUCGUUGCGGCUGUCGGUGAUGGUCCUCCAACGCAGUGUCUGGCCGUUCGCCGCGCGCAAGCACGAUGCCGACCUGCCUCCGUCGAUGCAAGACGAGCUGACGAGGUGCGCCAACUUCUACAAGAGCAAGCACUCUGGCCGCAAGCUGGAUUGGGACCACGCUCUCGGCACUGCGAUUUUGAGGGCAAGCUUCAAGAACGGGGAGAAGGAGCUCUCCGUCAGCCUGUACCAGGCGUUGAUACUAUUGCUGUUCAACGACAACACUGAGAUUGCGUACAAUGAUAUUAAAGCUCAGACGCGGAUGGAGGAUGCAGAGCUCCGCAGAACCCUUCAAAGUCUGGCCCUCGGAAAGAAAAGAGUUUUGAGAAAGUCCCCGGCGGGCAAGGACGUCAAUGAUGACGAUGUGUUCCACUUCAAUCCCGAUUUUACGGACACGAGGUAUCAAGUGCACAUCAGCUCCAUCCAGACCAAGGAGACGCCCGAGGAGUCGAAGCGCACGCAGACCGCGAUCGAGAGCGACAGAAAGCAUGCCCUGGACGCGGCGAUUGUUCGGGUGAUGAAGGCGCGGAAGGAGCUGAACUAUGAGCAGCUGAAGACGGAGACGAUCGAAGCGGUGAAGAAGCACUUUGUGCCCGACGUGAGCAGCAUCAAGCAGCGGAUUGCCAGCCUUGUGGAGCAGGACUAUCUGCGGAGAGACGAGGACGACAUGAGCAAGUAUCUGUAUGUUGCUUGA